AAAUCAGCUGGCCUAGGUCACUCGAUUAAGUCGAUAAGCAUUUAAAACUCGGCAAAAAGUAAACAAAGAAUAAGCAAACGAAUAAGUAAUUUAUAAAAUAGCUUAUCGAGAAUUAUCGUCAUUAUUCUUGGUGUAUCACUCAAAUAAGCAACAUCACGAUGUUGGUGUUUGGGUUCCUUUUUUCAGCUCUAUUUUUUGCUGCUAAUGCAGUAGAUGCACCUGUAUGGAGUGAUGUGUAUUCUGUAAAAGGAAUGUUAUUCAUUCCUUAUGCUGAAAUUGAAGAGCCCUUUUCUGCAUGGUAUGAUGGCCCAAACAAACAAUCAAGAAUCGACUACUAUGGUGAUAUGGUGAAAACCUAUCAACUGGGCAACAGUGGAUAUGGUACUAGCCUUAAAAUAGCCCCUGUUACUACUGAAGAAGUUGAAAAUUCUGUAACAUGCCUUCAAGUGAAUGGAACCAGUGAUGAUCAAAUUUCUCCACAAACUGUUCUGCCAGAUAUUACAGGAUUUGAAUAUGCUGGUGAAGAAGUUAUUGAAGGUGUCGCAACUCAAAAAUGGAACUUAACAAAUAUUAUUGGUGAAAAAAGAAAUAUAUACACACUUUGGGUCAGGGAAAAGGACUUAGAUGGAACUAAAGUAUCUGUACCUGUCAGAUUUGAUAUGAGAGGAUACAAUGUAAUUUUAGGAAGUCACUUUGAUCACUACUACCUAUAUUAUAACGAAUAUGAUAUCAGUCCUAUUGCUGAGGAAACAUUCAAAAUUUCAGACAAUUUAACUUGCAGUGCAUUCCCUGGUCCUGGUAACAAACACAUCUACACUUUCAACCCCAUGGCCGAGUUUAUCAAACCAGAAGAACAAGGACAUCUCGAUUUUGAGUUUGACAAAUUCACACGGAAACAUGGCAAAACUUACAAUGGAACCCUUGAAUCUACUCUGCGUAAAGAAAUAUUCAAACAAAACAUCAGAUUUAUACAUUCUCACAACAGGAAAAAUGUGGGAUAUUCUUUAGCUGUUAACCACCUUGCUGACAAGACUGACAAUGAACUUAAAGCUUACAGAGGCAAGUUGUAUUCUGGCGAAUACAAUGGAGGUCAGCCUUUCCCUUAUAAGGACAGUGAUUAUGCUGAUCUUCCUGAUCAAUGGGAUUGGAGGUUAUAUGGAGCAGUAACACCUGUGAAAGAUCAAUCUGUAUGCGGCUCUUGCUGGUCAUUUGGUACUGUAGGUGCAAUUGAAGGGGCUUAUUUCUUGAAAAAUGGUGGAAAACUAGUCCGUCUAUCCCAGCAAGCUUUAAUAGACUGCACUUGGGGAUAUGGUAAUAAUGGAUGUGAUGGUGGAGAAGACUUCAGAGUUUAUCAGUGGAUGUUGAAACAUGGAGGAAUACCUACUGAAGAGGACUAUGGGCCAUAUUUAGGCCAAGAUGGUUACUGUCAUGCCGAGAAAGUAGAUAAAGUAGCCAAGAUUAGUGCAUGGGUCAAUGUAACUCAAAAUGAUGAGAAUGCUCUUAGACUGGCCUUAUUUAAAAAUGGUCCUGUAAGUGUUUCUAUAGAUGCCAGUAAAAAAACCUUCAGUUUCUACUCAAAUGGUGUCUAUUAUGAUGAAAAUUGUGGGAAUACUGAAAAAGAUCUGGAUCAUGCAGUAUUAGCAGUUGGUUAUGGUACAAUUGGAGGCAAGAAUUAUUGGCUAGUUAAAAAUAGCUGGUCGAAUUAUUGGGGUAAUGAUGGAUAUGUUUUAAUGUCCUCUGAGAAGAACAACUGUGGCGUCAUGACAACACCCACGUAUGUUAUAAUGGCAUAGAGUACUAAACUUAACUUUUAUUAUUUUUUUAAAUAAUUAAACAAUAUCAGUUUAUAUAUUUCUAGUAAAAACUUUAAAGAGAAAUAAACAAUUUAUGUUAUUA